AUGCUAUUCGUUCCAAUUGUUUCAUUUUUUAUUUUACUUCAGAUUGGACUUGCACAGCCACUGCCUGAUGUUGACGAGGAGAAGGCAGAUACAAUUGCUGUGACAGGGGCCACUGUUGUUAUCAGUGCCGAUCCAAGCCUUGCCUGGAGUACAGCCAAUUAUGAAACUACAAAAGCCGCAGCUACCUCAGAUUCUGAGGAGUCAUCUGCUUCAGCUGAUGCAACCUCGGAUGAUGCAACUUCCACUCAUAAAACUUCUUCUUAUCGCACCUUCAGUGUUGGUGCUGAAGUUACCGAAACAACCACUGUGACCAAAGAGACCAUAUUAUCCGAUCCAUAUGAUGAUAUUAUUACCACAACGGUCGUUCUUGUCGAAACCCCAUAUGUUCCAGUGAACAUUAGUUACGGUUCUUGGACAGGAACCGAUACUUCUACUAGUACCGAUUAUCAAACUAGUACUAAUUGGUAUAAUGUCGAGUUGACUGAGUACUACUUAUAUGUCUUUACUCCAGAACCUACAUCAGUUUCUACUUCCGCCGCAGCUGCCACUUCCGAUCCAGCUGUCACUUCCGAUCCAGCUGCUACUUCCGAUGCAGCUUCUACUUCCACUUCAGCUACUAAAAAUGCCGCAAAACACAGUGCAGCAAAUAUUGAAAACACCGAAAGUUCUGCAACUACCGAAAGUGCUACCAGUGUCGCAACUACCGAAAGUGCUACUAGUUCUGCAACUACCGAAAGUGCUACCAGUGUCGCAACUACCGAAAGUUCUUCAAGUGACGCAACUACCGAAAGUUCUUCCAGUGCCGAAAGUUCUGCAGCUGCUAAAAGCUCCGCAAGUUCAUCAAGUUCUGAAAGUGCUAAGAGUUCCGCAAGUUCUGGAACUGCUAAAAGUUCUGAAAGUGCUAAGAGUUCGUCAAGUUCGUCAAGUUCUGCAAGUGCCAAGAGUUCUGCAAGUGCUAAGAGUUCCGCAAGUGCUAAGAGUUCUAAAAGUGCUACUAGUGACGCAAGUUCUUCCGAUCCUUCUAGCGCCUCUUCUGAUGCCUCAACAACACCAAAAACCACAAAAGCAGCAGCAACCACUGUCUCCAGCACCGUUUCUGAAUCCUCAAAGACUUCAUCUCCUAAAACUACUAUUACCUCAACUUGGACUGAAAGCUAUACAACUACUUACAGCACAGAAGUCACAAAGAAAAACAUCCUCGGUUUCGCCAAAACAUAUACAGCCCUCAUUGUUGAGGUUCCUGUCAUCAAAGAAGAAGUCGUUGAAGAGAAUAUCGUCACUCUUACCCUCACUACUUGCGCAGAUGAUGGAUGCACCCAUGUUACCACUGAUACUAAUGGCAAAACCACUACCGUCACCGAUAUGGUCACUGUAACCACUACCACAGUUUCAGAGACACAAAGCAGUAGUGUUACCACUGCUCCAGCCUCUUCUUCUUCUGUCGCAUCAUCUUCUAGUUCUAUCGUGUCAUCUGCUGCCUCUUCAUCUGCUGCCUCUUCAUCUGCUACGCCUAGCGAAACAGUCAGCUCAAUGACCAUGUUCGAGGGCCUUGCUGUCAGAAACGCCGAUGCCACCAUGUUUUCUUCAGUGGCAUUCUUUGCAAUACUCGGGCUUCUUUUCUAA